AUCACACUUGAUCCUCAUGGUUUAGUUUCUGAGUCUCUUGCAGAUUUACUUGGAGCUUUCACCAUCUUCUCCAAGGCAGCGUAGGUCUGCACCGCCCGGUCAUACACGGAGUCUCCGGUGGCCUUUGCCACGGCCGCAGCCUUCUCCGGGUAAUACAAGGAGGUGCUCACUGUCAUCAGGCCCGCCGGGUACAUAAGCCUUUUAAUCCGGGAGCCCCGGGCAAGAAACAACCCCAGGACACCGGUGAAGCAGAUCACUCCUGCCCGGGGAAAGAAGUCCUUCGGUGGGUCCUUCAAAUAGGCAUAGGAGUCGCUCCAACACUGGACCACACUUUGAACUUUGGGUUUAACUUUGCUGUAGGUGUCCUUGCACCACCCUGUGUAUGGCUCGGUGAACUCCCGGAGCGUGGCGACACUCUGCUCCAGCUGACCCGCUUCAGGCUGCACAUUUCGGGGCUUCUGCGACGGAGGAGGAGCGGUGUACAGAGAGAGCUCGUCCCGGAGGAGUGAAGGGGCGGACGGCUGUGAAUCCCCGUCAGAGGAGGCAGCAAAGACGGGGGUCGGGAAUAAUAAACUCACAGGUCCCCGCAUUGCACUGCCUGUCACCUUCAACAUGAUACCCGCCGACCAUGCAACCUCUACGGUGUCUGAGGAGGGACAUGGUUAAUACUCGAAGCGAUAAUCACGCCACCUUUCAGUUGUUCUGUGACAAACGCAUUUAUUAUGGUUGAAAGCACAACAUCAAUGGCAAGCAAUUUCAAAGUAUGCUGGACAGGAUAUUAUAUAAUAUGGUAUUAGUUUACUGUUUUAAGAAGUAUACUUAUAGGGACUAAUGUUAUUCUGAGGUUAAUUUAGUACUUUUAGUAUGCUAUUUAAUUUUGCUCAAUUUCAUUUAACUGUAAACUAUCCUGCAGAUUCCCUUUUUAAAUAUCAAACAUGAUCUUAUACUCUGCAUUGUGUUAGCUUUACUUGCUUCGUGUAUCAUAGCCUAUACAAAUAUUAAUAUUAGCUCCAACUCAGCAUACCUAAAUAAAGUGAUACAACACAGUUAAUAAAGCAGUGAUUGUAUUCUGAUAAUGAAGAGCUCGUGGAUGAUGGGACUUUUCAUCCGAAAAUCUACAAAUGUAAUUUCCUCUUCCGUUUAUCUGACGUCACUGUUCCCAUGGCAGCCCGGUCGUCUCCAGGGAAACGGAACAAGCGUCAACAAUAGCCACAAUCCAGACGAUCACUUGGAAAAACCUAAAUGAACAUAUCUAACUUUUUUAGGAUACUUUAAAAACAUUUCACCUGUUUCUGUUUCGAGGGAGUGGUCGUGCCCUGUCUAAGUUUGAAAAAUAAGGUAAAUUGUUGAUCUUCUGAAUGGAGUUUGCUGGAGUAUCAUCGCUGCAGCAGCUACAGGCUCUGUCCGACUUGUUAUCAACCCAGCAGGAUGAUGAAGAUGAUGCAGACUGUAAAAAUAUCAAUGCUUGUGCCCAGCUUGGUCCUGGACAAGUUGGUCCCCCACCCAAAAAAGAUAAAGAAGUGUCGACUGCCUGUGUGAAGAAGAACAGCAAAGAUAUCUGGAGCGAGGAAGAGGUGGCAGAGGGCUCCCAGUAUGGAGAUGAUAAUGACCUGCGCCCACAGCCAGAGUAUGAAAUUAUCCUGAAGCAGAGUGUCGGGACGGAGGAUAUCUUCUUUGGCUUGAAUGGAAAGGACCCAUCCUCCAUGUGCUGUGAAUCAAUGCUGGUGAAAAUCAAACUACCAGACACUAAAGCAACAGAUGUGGUCCUAGAUGUAAAAGAGAAGUUCCUCGAUCUGCGGACGCUUAAAUAUAAACUCGGUCUUCAUCUCCCUCAUCCGAUCCACAGCCACGAGGGAAAGGCUCAGUUCUUCAGUGAGAGGGAGGAACUUGAGGUGACUCUACUAAUGAAACGGCCCAUGGAUUUGAUCAACAUGCCAUAAGAAAGAAUGACUACAGCCAACAAGUAUUUGAAAUACGUGAAGAAGAUGGAUGUAUGUUUUAAUGCUGCUUUUUGCUGCUUUGAUUCAA